AUGUCAUAUUUAAAUCAACCAGAUUAUGUACGUUACGUGUGUAAUUGUGGUUCUUUAAAACCAAUUUCGAAGAUUUAUUUCUGUAGGUAUUGUUUGAAGAUUCGUUGCGGAUAUUGUGUCUGUCAAGAGAUUGAUUCAUAUUAUUGUCCUAACUGUAUGGAAAAUUUGCCAUUAUCAGAAAUUCGCAUUAGAAAGAAUAAAUGUUCAAAUUGUUUUAAAUGUCCAUGUUGUUUCCAAACAUUAUCCACGAGAGCUGGGCAUGUACCACUGAGGGUAUUGCCAACUGAUGGAGAAGAUUCUAAAGACAUUAAAACAACGCCGAAAAAAGUUUAUUAUUUAGCUUGUUCAUUAUGUCGAUGGACUUCUAGAGAUGCUGGUAUUCCAGAUCAGUCUGGUGCUACUGGUUGCUGGCCUAAACAAGAAAAUCCUCAUAUAAGUCGGAUCAAUGCUUUAAUUGAAUACCAUAGAGUAUUAGGUUUCAUAGAGAAACAUCAGUGUGAGAAGGAAUUUCAGUCAAAGCGUCAUUAUAUGAAAAUUAUUAUGUCUAAUACAACAUCCACUAUGGUUCGUAAACAUAUUGGACUUCCCCCAACCACUACUAUUGAACAACCAACUGAUGAAGUACCCCCAGCAGUUGCCAGUGCAGAAGUAGAAGAAUUGCCUGUAGAUAUUUUUACAGAACCAGUAGAAAUAACUAAAAUUACCACGUUGGAACAGCGAUUACAGCAUCCAGAGGUACAAGCAGAAAAUGUAAAUGAAUUGCGUCCACAACGUAGACAAUUUUUAGUUAGAAGAUCACAACGAUGUCGAGCUUGCGAACAUAAUCUUUGUAAACCGGAUUUUUGUUCGCAUUUUGCGAAGUUUAAGAUUCAACUUGCAGCAUUUUAUCAUGUACCAGAAGUGAGGAUUGUUUCUUAUGAACCUAAACUUCGUCCAGGUAAAUCAAGUGAAUUGUACUUAAAAUUUUGCAAUCCAACUCAGCAUCAAACUCAAGUAAUGUUGCUGUUAUUGGACACACCAAUGACCCCUAUUGUGGAUGAAAAAGAGGAAGAACUUAAACAAGAAAAUACACAGCAGGGAUCUGAAUCUCCAAAUUUAUUACCUUCUAUUGUAAGACAAGUGCCUAUAGCAGAAGAAUCUAAACCUAUUAAAAUUAAUGCAAAUGCAGAUUUAAUUCUUCCGCAUAGUCCUCUUAUUCUGCCACCUAGAGAUGAUGCUGCUGAAUAUGAUGAUACUGGCAAUACUUAUAAUUUCCAAGAUGAUAAGAAGCUAGUGAUCUGGCGAAAAGGUAACAAAGCAAUAAUAAAGUUACAUAUAAUUCCAAACGAAGAUUUAGAAGAGGGUCAGUCAGUUAUAGUUGGUUUUGUUAUGCAAUAUGGAUAUAUGAAUACAAUUGCUACAUUGGAACACGAAGCCCCUAAGAAACUAAAACUCAAAGUUAAGCUUUAUGUUACUGUAGGCAAUAUUGUUGGAAAUGUUUAA